UGGCUACUAAUAGUUUGUAAUCCUUACUUUGCGAUUGCAGUAGUUUCCCACAGAUAUGUUUUGGCUUGAGUUCAAUAUUUUAAAUGAGAUUUGGAUAUCUGUUGGGAAAGGCAAUUGACAUGAAAGAGAGUUUUGUUGAGAGUUAGGCAGUGAGAUGAAUCCAUUAAACUAUUGCUAAAUUAUGAGGUUGGUUUUACUUAACCAUCUCCUAAUCCCCAAUCAUUCUUUCGGGUUUUUAUCAUAAUUUUAUCUGCACAGACCUACUACUUAAACUCACAUUCCCAACACAUUUCAAGCAUUUUCCUGUCAUCUCCAAGCAGAGCACUCCAUGACUGCAUGAAUGGCAGGAGGAGGUGGCGGAGCAGAUCCAAUGGUCCCUUCUAUUGGGUCGAAAAGUGCCAUGGAUAGGAACCAAGAACAGGUCAAGGGUAGCAAUCACAGGGCAGGCAUUGAUGCCAUACUCAUGGCUCCCAAAGUUCCAAAAGCAAUGCCAGCAGUUCCUUUGGCAUCUGAAGGUGAGGCCACCCGCCGGCCUCGUGGCAGGCCAGCAGGCUCAAAGAACAAGCCAAAACCACCCAUCAUCAUCACCCGAGACAGCGCUAAUGCUCUUAGGGCUCAUGCCAUGGAGGUGAGCUCUGGUUGUGACGUGAGUGAGAGCUUAGCCAACUUUGCCAGGAGGAAGCAACGCGGGAUUUGCAUCCUCAGUGGGAGCGGGUGUGUGACCAACGUAACACUUCGGCAACCUGCCUCUUCUGGGGCCAUAGUCACCCUCCACGGCCGGUUUGAGAUCCUGUCUUUGCUGGGUUCAAUAUUGCCCCCACCUGCACCACCUGGGAUCACAGGCCUGACCAUUUACUUAGCUGGGGCUCAGGGGCAAGUUGUGGGCGGAGGUGUGGUUGGUGCACUCAUAGCUUCUGGACCUGUAUUUGUCAUGGCUGCAUCCUUCAUGAAUGCAACAUUCGAUCGUCUGCCUUUGGAUGAUGAUGAAGUAACCACUGCUGUGCAGAGCCAGCAUUACCAGAAUGGUCGUCACCAUCACAUUGAUAUGUCGGAUUUGUAUGGGAUUCCCCCAAACUUGCUCACAAAUGGUACCAUGCUCCCAGAGAUAUACUCUUGGGCACCUGGGCGAACUCUAUCCAAAACCUAGCUUCAAUCAGCAAGAACAACACUAGUCUCCCCCAUAACCAUACACAUUAAUAUUCCUAGAAAGCGUUUGGCUCCCAUUUCCUAAAGAAAAGCUCUAGUAAUCUACAAAUUAACAUGUAAUGGAGUGUGGCAAAGAUUGAUUCCAUAUUGAGGCUUGGUUUAAUGUUUUCUCAUGUAGUAAUCAAGUUCAUUUACCAUUAGGGAUAUAUAAACGAAUAUAGUAUCUCAA